AUGACUGAAUUUGGAAUAACGAAGAAGCUAAGGAACUUAGUCAGGAUGUGUAUGGAAGGAACACAAUAUCAAAUCAGGGUAGAUCAGGCAUUCUCCGAAACAUUUACAGUAGAAGCAGGGCUAAAACAAGGGGAUGCGUUAUUCCCACUAUUGUUUAAUCUAGCUCAAGAGAAAGCGAUCAGAGAGGUGCAAAAAGAGAUAACGGGUAUAGAAAAAAAUUCAAAUCCUUGGUUUUGCUAAUGAUCUUAACAUCAUAGGCAAUACCAGAGAUGACAUAGAAAAAGCAACGAAAGUUUUAGAAAAAUCAGCAGAUAAAAUAGGACUAAAAAUAAACAUCGAAAAAACGAAGAUCAUGGAGCUUUUAUACACGGAUGUAGAUGUAAUGGACCCUGACCCGGAUAUAUGA